AUGAACAAUGACACAAUUCUUGAUAUUGCUGCAUCGAAUUACGGAGAUGCAAAAAGUGAUAUUGGUAUAUUAUAUGGAUUAGGAAAUGGUGCAUUUUUAGCACCAAAACUCUAUUCCACUGGGUCUAAUGUAAUUGUUACAUCAAUUGCGAUUGCUGAUUUUGAUAACGAUGGCCGCAACGACGUUGUCGCAACUAAUGCUAAUAAAAACACGAUAUGCAUUUUACUGCGUGACAAAACCGAACCAUUUGGAGAACAAGUAACAUUUUCCUCGGGCAACAAUUCUAAUCCUUAUGCUGUUGUUGUUAGUGAUUUUAACAAUGAUAAUAAACUUGAUAUUGCCGUCGCAAACUCUCAGGCAAAUAAUAUUGGUAUUUUUCUCGGAUAUGGAAAUGGAAGUUUUGCAAAUCAAUACAAAUAUGAUACUGGUGCAAGUUCAAUCCCCAUAGCCAUCGCUACUGGCGAUUUCAAUAACGAUAAACAAGUUGAUAUUGUUGUCGCCAAUUCUAAUAAAAAUACUAUAUGCAUCUUUCUUGGAUAUGGAAAUGGAAACUUUACACUUUUGAAAUGUUAUUCAACCGGACUUGGCUCUGAACCAUCGUUUAUUGUUGUUGGAGAUUUGAAUAAGAAUAAUCAAACAGAUCUUGUCGUUACUAAUAAAGGUAUCAAUAAUUUACUUGUACUCUAUGGUGUUGGUAAUGGGACGUUUGCAACUCCAAUAUUGUAUUCUCUUGGCUAUGACUCUAGUCAUGUAUCAGCAGCUAUUGGAGAUUUCAACGAUGAUAGUUGGUUGGAUAUUGUUGUUACAAACGAUGACUGGAAUUAUAUCGAAGUUCUAUUGCAGACUUGCUAG